CACUGGUGGUGGUGUGUCAUUUAUUGUUCAUUGUUCAACCAUUUGUACCAGCAAAUACAUCCGACGUAUAAGUGAGAGUUUUUAAUAUAGAAAGUCUUUCUGAAACAAAAGCAUCGCGGCCUAUUUAACGCCGCUAAUAAGUGUGAAUAAACUAAAAUAAAAUAAAGAACGCUCCAAUCAGUAGACUGACGGAGCACGUGUCUGAUUGCGGUAUACCGCUACUAAACAAGACGGAAGCCAUCACGCAAACGAGGCCAGAGUCUCGUGUCACGGGGAGGGAAUCACCAGUCCCCCCCGCAGCAUCUCGACGCUGGAUUCCUCCUUCUUUGAGACCACAACAUGGACUCACACAAGAGGCCAAAAAUGAUCAAAUUUUCCGAAAGGUUCGCGGUAUUCUCAACAAACUUACGCCGGAAAAUUUUGAAAAAUUAAGUGAUGAAUUGCUGAAAAUUGAGCUUGGUUCAAAAGUUAUAUUAAAAGGUGUUAUACUAUUAAUAUUUCAAAAAGCUUUAGAUGAGCUAAAAUAUUCGCGUAUGUAUGCACAAUUGUGCAAAAGACUAUCGAUCGAAGCUCAAAAUUUUGAAAAUAGCGAUAAAAAUAAAAAGCCAGAUCAACCAAGUUAUAAUAGUACAUUUUUGAGUAUAUUGUUGUCGGUUUGCCGUGACAAAUUCGAAAACCGUUCUAGUGAUAGCAAUGCUCUACCAAUCAGCGACACAGCAAAUAGCAAUACAUCACCGACACAACAAAAUGGCAAAUACUUACGCGAUGACCAGCUCGAUGAAGAAGAGCGUAAAUACAUUGCCAAACAAAAGAUGCUCGGUAAUGUUAAAUUCAUUGCUGAACUAUUUACACUCGAAAUGCUGGACGAUAAAAUAUUGCACAAGUGUAUCAAGGAAUUACUAUCAACAUCCAGCCAGAUCACGCAAAAGGAACGAUGCGAGAAUAUGGAAUGUCUCAGUCAAAUUGUUCGAACAUGUGGAAAAAUCGUGGACUCAGAAAAGAGUAAAACUUUGAUGGACCAAUACUUUGAAAGAAUAGACCAAUGUUCCCAAUCAGCGAAAUAUCCGCCGCGUAUACGUUUUAUGUUGCGUGACUUAAUUGAAUUGCGACGCAAUGGCUGGGUACCACGGAAAUCAGCAAAUACCGAGGCACCGGUGCCAAUGCAGCAAUUGCGUCCAGAUGACGACACACGGUUCACUAUAAACGAACACAGUAAACGGGAUCAGCGUAAUAUUGACCGUGACAGUGACAGUUGGAUGAGUAAAACACAAUUUAACUAUCAACCAAAUUCAAACUACAAUUCAUCGCUCAUUAUGAAUAAUAUGAACAUUUAUAAUAUGAACCAAUCGUACAAUUCUUCACCAGUCGGAGGUAAUAUGGGUGGAAAUGGUCGUGGUAACGAUCGUAAUUCUGAACGAAAUAUGGACAGAAAUAAUGACCGAAUGGGAGAUCUUAUGGGUGGCGGUGGAGCCCCGGGUGGAUAUCGCCACAAUCCCAAUCGUGAACGCAAUAAUAUGGGAAAUCAUAACCACAACCACAACCAUUAUAACAACCAUAAUCGCUAUAAUAAGCACAAUAACAACAGUCCGCAUCCGCACAACAAUUAUAACAAUAAUGCGGUAAAACAGUUGCCGCCACGGUUCAAACAAAGUGUCAUUUCACCUCAAACAAAUCAACAAUCGCCAGACACAUUUGACACCUUCCGGCCGCCAAUAAAUAGCUUACUUUACAAAGCAACGAAUUCCAAUCGACAGACUGCGCAACUGCCAAUAUCACAACAGCCACGUCCGGCUAGUGCAUCAUCUGUGGAAACAACUGGCAGUACUGGCACCACAAACUAUUCAACAAAUGUAAAUUCGCCGAAUUCAAACUAUCAAUCACCAUCGGAUGGUGUGUCAGGUGUUGCAUUAGUGCCACCACCUCAAUCGGCCCAUAAUAUACUGAACAAAGAUCAAGUUGUUAUUAAAUCAGCAUCUCAAGAAAAACCGAAACAAAACAAGAAGGACAAAGGUCCAAACAAAGAAGAGAUUCUCAAACGUGUGCUCAUUUUUGUUAAAGAAUGGCUUGCCGUCACAUCGCCUGAUAAUGACAAGAAUAUGGAUGAUGUUGUGGCCGCAUUUUUCGAAUUAAAAAUCCCCGAUAAAUUUAUGCGCGAUUCAAUGACAUCCAUUCUCAAUGAGAUCAUUGAUAAAUCCGACAUUGUUUAUGAUCGAGUCAUUGAAUUUUUGACCUGCCUUAGAAAAGAAGGAAAACUUCAAAAUAACACACUUUUGGAAAGUUUUAAAUCGCUUAUCAAUGGCAUGAAUGACAGUCCAGUGCCGCGUAUUACGACAUUAGUGGCAUCAUUACUCAGUCGUUCGGUCAUUGUCAAACUAUUCAAAUUGGCUGAUGUGGCAAAUUACACCGAAAACGGAGCUCAUUAUCCAUUAUUUUUAUUGGUUUUACAACAACUAUAUAAAACAUUGGGUAAACAAGCACUGCUUGAUAUUUUCAAUGAAAGCAAAGUAAAUCUUAUGUCAUCGUUGCCCGAAGCCGAUCGAACAAAAGAUCGUAUGGCUGAAAUUCUUGAAGAUCGUAAUUUAAGUUUCCUCUAUCCAUUGUUAAAACUUCAAGGCGAACUUCAGAAACAAAUUCAAAAUGAUCCCAAUCCACAAUCCUUGUAUAAAUGGAUUAAAGACAAUGUUGAAUCGAUUUGCUAUAAUGAUCCGGGCUUUGUAACAGCACUGAUGAAUGUCAUUCUCAAAUAUGUUACACAGGAAACAACAUUAGCCGAAGGAAUUGAUCCAACUGUCGUACCGGAAAAAUCGCUCAUUGACAAAGAAUUAACGUUAUUGAAAAAAUAUUGUCCUGUACUGAAUGCAUUCCUCAAUGGCAAUGGUGAUUUGCAGCUGGUCGCCAUAUUUGCGAUGCAAGUGUUUUGCUACAGCUACAACUUCCCCAAAGGCAUGCUAUUGCGUUGGUUUAGUGAAUUCUACGACAACAAUGUAAUUGAAGAGGAAUCCUAUAUGCGUUGGAAAGAAGAUUUAGGCGAUGUGUAUCCAGGCAAAGGAAAAGCCCUAUUUCAAGUUAACACAUACCUGACCUACUUGGAAGAGGCCGAAGAAGAAGAGGACGACGAUGAGGAUGAAUAAGAGAAUGGGGUUUUUAAUUUUCAAACUGGGACGUGACGAACAGUCAUAAUAAUAUAUAAAUAACACUUGAAAAAAAAUCGAAACUUGAAAAAAAAAAUCAACAAAAUCAAUGCAAAACUAAAAAAAAAAUAUCUUGAUAAAUGAAGAAAAUAAAAAUCUUAAAAGAUCGAUGCGAAAAUGAAAUAGAAUAAUAAUUUAACAUUUUACAAAAUUGUAUUAAACCAGUCUGUCGACAAAGAACCAGGCAACAAUAUAGAUAGCAAAUUUAUUCUAUUUCAAACAUCCAUCGAAGAAAUAGAAUAUUUUUGAAUUAUCCAAUUUUCACAUAAAUCAAUAAACAACACAAAAAUCAUUAAAAAAAUAUGCAAAACUGUAAUAAACCCUACAACUUGGCAAAAUACAAAUCACGAUUAAGUCUUUAACUCAUCAGAGACCUAUAUAUUUUUUAAAAGAACGAAUGAAGUCACAUAGACCAUACACAUAUUUAACAUAUUUAACCAUUACAAUUCAAAAUACAAACCGAAAUUGAAAUCCAUAAAUUAAAUGAAAACAUAGCAAUGCAAAUAUUUGAAUAAUUGUUAGCACUAAGUAAUUUGUAUAAAAAAAAUGUCAGCAAUAGCAACAAAUGUUGGAACAACAACAGCAGCAACAAUAACAAUUGAACACCUUGAAAAACACCUUGCAUAGCUAUCAAUUUUUAAUUUCUUUUUUUUUAUUGAUUUGUUUUUUUGUUUUGACAAAUCACUUUCCAAGUCAUUUGACAUUCAUAUACAAGAUUUUAACCGACGAAAGAGACGAAACAAUUUAUGAAGAGAUCUGGAUUGUAUUACGAUAAAAAAAAAUAUAACAGCCAAAAAGCAAUAAAGUGCACAGUUUUGUGAAAUAAAAAAAAAAACACAUCGACAAGCAUCGAUAGCUAUUAUUUUUCACUUUUCUGAAUGGAACACAUGGCAAUCAUUCCUUAAAUACAAAAGUCUACCGGUAAUUUUAACAGCAACAAAAAAAAAACUAAAUCAAUUACCCCACAAAGACCGAUUGCGUAUCUGUUCAGUUCUACAUGAAUUCAUUCGAAGUAUGUGUGAGUUUUUAAUCGAAUAAAAAAAAUGUAACAAACAUUGAUAUUAAUUAAAUACACACAAGAGUCGUUCUAUAUGUCGCUCUGAAAUCUUCUUAACAAGUAAUUUAUAUAGGGAAUGGGGACGUAUUUCGAUUUUUUAUCGAUAAACAUAUAGAAAAUUCAGAUGAGUGAUUGAUUGAAUGCGGGCACCGAACCGAAGUCAAAUAUAUGAUGAAGAUGUAGAAACCAUAAGGAUUUAUUGAUAUGGACUGGACUCGAUUCAGAGUUAACAAGAAGAAAAUACACGAUAAAAUUUGCUUAAAUCUUUGAACUAAUUCAAAUAUUGUGACCGCUAAAAACCGGUAAAUAUUAUGACCGGUAAAAAGGCGAUACUAUAUUAAAGAAGAAGAAAAAAAAAUUAUAUGUAAUAGAAAAUUAACGGAACAAAAAAACCUAUGUCCAAACUGAAAAGCAGUUGACAUUUUAAAGACUUAGUAGAUUUUCCAAUGAAAACGAAUGAAAUACGAGUGCUUUUAGAAGAAGAAGAAAAACGUUGGAUGAUGAGGAGGAAAACAAAGGUGGAUAUAACAGUAUCGAAGACAUUCAAACGGCACGAUAGGUGAUUUAUAAGUAUUUAUCUGUUUGAAGAAGUGAGAAUAGAAUGAAAAUUUACAUGCCAAUUAAAUCAGUUUUGAUCCGAUACAGAACAAAUGUUUAAUUGAAUUUUCCAUGAAAUAAACAAGUCAUCAUAUGAAUACAUGCCCAAAAUUCUUCAAGUCUAUUCAACUUCUAUAAAAUGAGAUGCAGCGCAGUGCAUUUGGAAUUCCCAACAUUUUUGAACAUAUUUUUUCGUUUUUGUCUCAAGUGCCCGAAGAAGCAAUUUUUGUUUUCAACGCCAAUUAUUUUUAUGUGGAAAUACAUUAGAUAAGAUACCUCAAGAAAAAAAAACGAAAUCAUUUAAUAAAGAACAAAUGUAAUCAACAAUAGCAUCUACAACAUGACACAGAAAAUGAACGAAAUUGCCGAGGCGUCGAGUGCAUCACUUUACCCAAUAUAUUAUAUAUAAAUAACUACAUUAAACGCGAAAAAUGAUGAAAAAAACAAGCAGACACAUACAAAAUCUUAAAGACAACGUGAAAAUGUCUUUGCGGCUAUCAAGACAAAUCGACAUCACUAUCAUGUGCUCAAUGUCUUCAAUAGCAAAUCCAAUAACUUACAAUCGUAUAGAGUUCACUGAUUAAAGUUCCGUUUGUGUUUCCAUCCAUCUUUAGUGUUGGUUGGAACUUAAAUUUGGCGUACCAUAUCAACAUGUUAUGCAAGAAAAAUGUUAUUUUCUUUUUUUGUUUGACAUACAUCUUUCUGCUGUUUUAAAUUGUUGUCAUUUUUUUAUAUGUUUUGGAAAGUUCCAUAUUAUGUUUCAUUAUUUUCAUCGUUUUAUUUCCAAAAAGAAUUUUGUUUUUUGUGUCAGCGCCUGUCAGUUUUUACACAAAAAUAAAAAAAACAAACUCAAUCUGAAAAAAAAAAAAUCAUGGCGAUAAAACUGAAACAAGCAGACGCUUCAACCCAAGUAAACUAUUAUAAGAAUGUAAUACGGUUUAUAUAGCUAAAAAAAGCAAAAUAUUCAUAAAAAAAAUGAGAAAUCGGCUGAUUUUGAACUUUUCAUUAAGAAUACCAACAAACCAACAUCAUGUCAUCGAUUAAUUUGCCUCCCAAACCGUAAUCCAUAGUGUUUGAAUAUGUAGAACAAUUAUUUGAAAAUAUCCGAAAGAAUAAAAUGAAGAUAAAAAUCGCUAGAAACAACGUUCCACGUAAAUAGCAUAUAUUAAAUAUAAAAACUAAAACCAAAAUAAACGGAACACAAAAACAA